AUGGCGCGGACGCUGCCUCGCCUUGUUAGCUCUUCCACCGCGCGGUGGGUCGCGCUGGCAGGAGUUGUGGGUUGGCCAUGGAGGAGGUCGAGGCAUGUCGGGGUGUCCCACUGCGAAGCCUCGGCCAAAACCGUGGCGGAGUCGAGCUGGACCCGGAACCUCCUCUUCAUCGCGCCGUCGGGCUUUUGGGCCGACGACUACUGGUAUGAUCUGCAGAUGGAGCGACGUCUGCCGUUGACCCGAGACCUGCUGAGGGAGUUCAUCUUUGCGCUGCCGCCGCUGGGUGCGUCACACCGCGUCUGCGACCUGGGCUGCGGCACAGGACGCUCCGCGGCGGCGCUGCAGGCGGCAUAUCCGAUGGCGAGGCUCACGCUGGUGGACCCGGAUGAGGGCCGCCUCAGCCUGGCACGAAGGAAGCUGUCAGAGGCCGAAGCCUCCGAUGGCUCCUCCUGUGUCUCCUGCAUUGCUGCAGCCGUGCACGCCGACGGCCAGCCACUCCCAGGCUCUUUGCCCGAAGGCUAUGACUGCAUCUUGGCCCUGCAGGCGGUGCGCCACAUCGUGGCUCCACCGCCGCACUACGCGGCGAAGCUGCAGCUGGAGACCGUAGCAGGGGAGGCCAUUUGCGCAGGCUAUGCCCGGAUGUUUGCUGGGCUUUAUGCAAGCGUGAAGCCUGGAGGCCAUGUCUUUAUUGGCGAUCAUGUAGUUCAUCAACAUCCGGGAGUUUUCCAACAUUGCAAGCUGCUAGAAGCUGCGGGCUUCACGGACAUCGAUGUUGCUUGGCGACAGAACGAUUGGUUUGUGAUUGGUGCUCGACGGCCGGUCACCUAG